AUGACCUCGGGAGCUCCGCCAAAGAUGGAGAAAGUUGUCGAAGAACCCAACUCUCCUACACCCUUCCCACCUUUCAAUCAACCAACCUCCGCUUUGUCGCCUCCAUUGCAGCCGGAUUUUACUGGGAAUUUGGUCAAGGAAAACCGGACAAGGACAAUAUAUAUCCAAACCAAAGAUCUCGACCCUGCUGGAGAAGUGACAGCUUUGAGAAAAUCGAUCACCAUCACUCAAGAUCCCAAUCAGUGCGGAGACAAUGAUGCUUCUGAUAGUCCAUUUCUUACACCCAUUACGCCAAGCGAAUCCGGAAGACUUCUCCAGUUUGCGACGGCACACUACAAAUCUCUAUCCUCGGCCGAACUAUCUGCACAAGCUAUGGGGGCCGAUGAAUUUGUCAAGGUAGCAGAGCGUUUGAAAACGGAAGAACCACCGAUGACACUGGAACAAGUCCGCCAGCGCAGAGCAAGUAUCAAAGAAGAUCGCAAAAAAUCGAUCGAGUUUAUACGAAGCCGAACCAAUUCUCGUGCUGCUGCCAUGGGUCAUCCAAAUAUCGAUGGGGAAGUGUUUCGAAGUAGGGCAAAUUCUCGAGCUACAGUGUCGGGUAGACCACCUUUGGGAGAGAGAAAUGAUUCCUACCGCAGUGAUAGAAACGACUAG